UUAUAAUCUUGCAUUGGUUAUGUCAUCUAAUAUCAUGCAUAUAGCAAUUUUGGCAGAAAAUGAGUCAUACAACAUAAACUUUAUAGUAUUCUCCACAUACAUGUCCUACUACUCUCAGGUCCUACUCAAGAACAGGAUUUCCAAAAACAUGCAUUAAGAAUCACAUAUUCACAUUCAAAUUCAAUAAUCCUCCUCCACCAAGUUCUAUCAAAACUAUAGUCAAGAAUCAAGAGAUCAUAUAGUAAUAGGUCCCUUUUAUAAUGGAACAAAAGAAAUCUUCUAUUGUUCUUGUGUUCAGAGAAUUCAAGCCACACUUUCUGAUGGUGUUAGCCCAAGUUGGCUAUGCAUUCUUGUAUUUCAUCACUGAAGCUUCCUUCAAUCAUGGGAUGAGUCCUUUCUUGUAUGUAACUUACCGCCAUAUUGUCGCGGCGGUUGUCAUGUUCCCAUUUGCAUUCUUUCUAGAGAGAAAUGAGAGACCAAAGCUCACAUUUGCUCUGUUCAUGGAAAUUUUUGUGCUUUCCUUGGUUGGGAUUUGUGUACCAAUCAAUAUGUACUUUGCAAGCCUGCGGUACACUUCUCCAACCUUUGUUGCUUCCAUUGUCAACGUCAUAGCUUCCCUUACCUUCAUCAUUGCCGUAGUACUAAGGUAUGAGGCUCUUGAUGUUCGAGAUCCCCGGGGAAUAGCGAAAGUUAUAGGGACAAUGUUGUCCUUAAGCGGGGUAAUGACAAUGACACUAUACAAAGGACCGACCAUGAGAAAUUUGUGGCGUCCCGUAAUUCAUAUUCCAGGAAAGAGUUCUGCUGCAGCACAUGAGAACUGGCUCAAGGGUUCUCUUCUUGCAGUUAUAAGCUGUGUUUCAUGGUCUGUCUGGUAUAUCAUGCAGGCAGCCACUUUGAAAAGAUAUCCAGCACAGUUGUCCCUUACUACAUGGAUGUGCUUUGUUGGAGCAGCACAAUCAGCUGUUUUCACAGUCUUAAUUAUAGGGCAUAAACCUUCAGCUUGGACUAUAGGGUUCAACAUUGACCUGUGGUCCACAUUAUAUGGUGGAAUUGUGAUAGCUGGUUUGAUAAUAUACAUUCAGCUGUGGUGCACUGAGAAAAAGGGGCCAGUCUUCGUUACAAUGACUACCCCCCUUUGUACCAUUCUUGCUGCAAUUUUAGCAUACUUUGUCUUUGGUGAGAAACUUUACCUCGGCAGCAUCAUAGGCGCAACUUUUGUCAUCAUUGGUCUAUACUUGCUAUUGUGGGGCAAAGAAGGUGACCAAGAGAUUCAUAUCAACACCAAACCGUGCAGUGGUGAAGAUCCAGAAUGCAGACUACAAUCAGUACCUUAGACUUGAAAGGGAGAAAUGCAAAUCCAAGUGGAAGAAAAGUAAAAGGAAUAAGUCAUUAAGACAUUUAGUUUGUGUAAUAUAUACAGCUUAAGAUUUCCAAUUUUUACUAUCAAUUCAGCAUCAAGUUAAUCUUAUUAUAAAAUUUGUAUAAUAUCCAUUUUUACAUUGUAGACAAUUAAAAUAUGUAAUAUGAAGGCAUCAUCCUAAAAUUUUGAGAAUAUCCUUUUCAAAAUUCAAAAGGAAUUUGUGACAACAAAACUAAAAUAGGCAAUAGGAAGGAAGAAACCAAUAGGGAAAUUUGACAUGAACAUCAAUAGUUUUCAUGUCAUUACCAUCAAAGAAUACUUUUAGGUAAUUUUAGUAAGUUGGCAUGGUAGCUAAGGUAAAUAGACAGGAAAUUAGAAGCAAUGACAAUAUCUACAUGUCAAUACUUCUCAAGAAAAAA